GAUCAGUCUUAAAAGUGUGCUCAGUUUAAUUCAUUCGUAACAUCGAGCCCCUCGAUAAGUUUUUAAGAACGACCAAAUAACUUUUAUAUUUCCAAAUUAUUUUGCAAUUUUUUUGUUAAUUUUCAAUUAUUUAUUUAUUUAUUUAUUUAUUUAUUUAUUUAUUAUCAAAGUCAUUCGAACCGAUAAGUUCGAACCUCGGACAUCGAGCAACGAUCUUGAUUAACUUCGUUUGUUCUCCCACUCGGUCCUUUAUGCGUUACACCAGGAAAACUAGCAAAAUAAUUCAGCUUCAAUUUCGUACUUUUUUGUUGACGACUGUCCGUAAAUUGGCUCGGAAAUACGGGUCUCUUCCAUUUAUCUUGUGAAUUUGUCACCCGCGGCGACGAGUGCCAGGAUUUUUUUGGUCAUUUGAGUUUUUGAUUUUUCGGUAGACCAUGCGAAUACAAUUAGCAAUCCUGUUGCUUGGUCUUGCCUCAUCAUCGGCCGAGCAACGUCGAGCUGCUUCACUAAUCACGAGAACUCCCGAGGAACAAUGUCGACACGAGAAUCCUGCUCUGAUCAAUCAUUUUUCAUGGAUCGAUUACACGGUUCUUGCAAUAAUGCUGGUCGUAUCGUGUCUCAUCGGUACAUUCUACGGAUUCUUUACGAAAAAGCAAGAAACCAGCGAGGACUUCCUUCUCGGUGGAUCUACCAUGGGGACAUUUCCGAUGGCCAUGUCUCUCGCCGCGAGUUUUGUUACUGCUAUAGAACUCCUCGGUAAUCCUGCUGAGAUGUAUUCGCAGGGUACUCAAUUCUGGAUGAUUUGCUUGUCAUUCUUGCUUGUGGUGCCAAUAACUUCGAGAUUAUAUUUGCCGGUUUAUAUGAAGCUUCGACUUACUUCGAGUUACGAGUACUUGAAUCUUCGUUUCAACAGACACUGCAGAUCGCUCGCGAGUGGUCUUUACAUGUUGCAAAUGGUUUUGUACACGUCGGUGGCCGUUUAUGCACCGGCAUUGGCACUGAGCCAUGUUACUCAGCUGAAUACCUAUUUAGCUGUGAGUCUAGUCUACGUAGUCUGCAUAUUUUACGCUUCUCAGGGUGGAAUGAAAGCCGUUAUCAUGACGGAUACAUUUCAAGCUGUCGUUCUACUGGCCUCACUUUUCACGAUUCUCGGUUUGGGAAUGAGUUGGGCCGGUGGCGUUUCGCUGGUUUGGCUCGAGAACAGCAAUACCGGCAGGAUGGAAUUUUUCAAUAUGGAUCCAAGCCCUACGGUACGACACAGUUUUUGGAGCGUCGUUGUCGGUGGUACUUUCUACUGGGCAACUAUGUUUUGCAGUAACCAGGCAUCCGUCCAAAAGUACAUGAGUGUCGAGAGCAUUGGUCAAGUUCGAACAGCUCUGUGGGUGUCGUCCGCUGGCUUGAUUCUGAUAUACAGCGUUAAUUUCCUUUCGGGAAUGGUCUUAUAUACCGCUUAUAAAGACUGCGAUCCAUUACGUGCUGGGGACAUUACUGGCAUGGAUCAAUUGUUACCACUGUACGUAAUGAAUUUUAUGGGACAAUUAAAAGGUAUGCCCGGAUUCUUCGUUGCUGGUAUAUUUGCCGCUUCACUCGGAACCGUGGCAAGUGCACUGAACUCUUUAGCAGCGAUAACCUGCGAGGACCUUCUACAGGGAGUUUUGAAAAUCAAAGUACCACCAAGCAAAGGUGCCAUAUAUGCAAGGUGGAUAAGCAUAUUAUUCGGUGCUUUGAGUUUCGCCCUCGUGUUUGUGGUCGAACGUCUCGGUGGGGUUCUCGAAGUGGCUUUAUCGUUCAACGGAAUGGUCGGUGGCGUGACUUUGGGGCUUUUUUCACUGGGAAUGUUCGUACCUUGGGCAAACGGUAAAGGUGCCUUUUUCGGAGCUCUCACUGCCCUCGCUCUCGUUACGUGGAUCGGACUCGGUGCACAAGUCGCUACUUACAAUGGACAAAUCAAUCUUGAAACCAGACCUACUUCCGUUAUAAAUUGUCCGUGCACCAAUGAAUCCAUGAUCGUCCUUGAGAUGGCUGAUGGAGAAGAUUUCGUUGAAGCCUGGUCGAUUUACAGAAUAAGUUAUUUGUGGUACAGUGUGAUCGGUUGCCUCGUAACUGUGGUCGCCGGUUUCCUCGUGAGCUUGUGCACCGGACUUCAAAAUCCUGCAGAUCUCGAUCAGGAUUUGCUGAGUCCACCGAUUCGUGCUCUUCUCGGAACACCAACUAAAUCGCGAAGUCGUCAGAUUCAGGGUAUCACGAAUCUGGCUCUGGAGCUCGAGGACGAAAAGAUACAGAGGGAAACGAAAAACGAUAAGGGUUCGCCGACGAUUAAGACACAGCAUUAAUGAUCGAGCAAAAUGUUUCUCGGAUAAAUGUACGUUCGACCCGAGAAAGCGAUUAGCCAGGAUUGUAUAUUUCAUGAUUUUUAAUAUUUUUUUUUAAGCCAACGUACAAAUAUGAUUACCGAUCGAUGUAUUCUUUUUUUCUUUGCAUUCCAAAGGUUAAUUUAUAAGAGACUGCUCUCAAAAUGUUACAUUUUUAUCAUUCAAAGCACCGUGUGUACUUACGAUUGUAGCUAGAACAUUAAUUUAAUAAUUUUACUAAUAAUGAUACAAAGUAUGCGAUGCGGUUUUUACUCAUUUUAUAAGUUGAAUUUUACAGUACUAGUAUUAUGAUGAUCAGUUCAAGAUGGAGCAUUGUUAUUUUUGUAUAUUUAUGAGACCAGCUGCUAUUGUGAGAAGUUAUGAUAACUGAUGUAAUGUUGGGAGUUUAUAAACGCUAGCAAACAUUGUA